AUGGUGAAGCAACGCAUGAGCACGGCCGAUGUGGCCGCCGAGGUCGCGUGUCUGCGCGAGAAGGUCGUCGGGAUGCGUCUCGCGAACGUGUACGACCUGGGCCCCAAAACCUUCCUGCUGAAGCUCGCGCGGUCCGCGGGCGGCGACAUCAACAAGGAGACGGAGAAAACCGUCGUGCUCCUCGAGUCCGGCACGCGGUUCCACUCCACCAAGUACGCCCGCGAGACCCCAGGCCACCCGGGGCCGUUUGCGCUCAAGCUGCGGAAACACGUGCGCGGCCGCCGCCUCGAGGACAUCCGGCAGCUCGGCGUCGACCGGAUCGUCGUGUUCACCUUCGGGCAGGGCGACAUGACGCACCACGUCAUCCUCGAGUUAUACUCCUCCGGGAAUGUCGUCCUGUGCAACGCCCAGUAUCAGGUCCUCGCGCUGCUCCGGAGCCACCGCGACGACGCCCAGGGCCUCGUGAUCAUGCCCAAUCGACCGUACCCGAUUCACGCGUGCCGACUCCGGGAGCCCUUCGACCCGGAGCGCGUCCGCGCGGCGCUGGUGCCUCCGCCCGUGAAGCCCGAGGCGGCUGAGGACGCGGCGGAGGCGGACGCGGGCGACGACGGCAAGAAAGCGCGUCGCAAAAAGAAGCGGCGCGACCCAGCGCACUUCGCGGCGCGACAGGCGGUGGCGGCCGCGCUCCCGUGGGGCCCGCAGCUCGCGGAGCACGUGUGUCUCCUCGCGGGCCUGCAGCCGGCCCGCCGGCUGGACGAGGCGCCGCUGUCGGGGGGGGAGUUCCAGGCUCUGGUAGAAGCAAUACGCUGGGCUGAGUCAUGGCUCGACGCCCGGUUCGCCGCGACGCCGCAGCGGCCGUUCGACGACGGCGCGGACCCCGCAGACGUCGAGGACGACGCCGCCGCGGACGACGACGCGUCCUCGGCCGCCUCCGACCACCCGGAUGGUUGCCCUGGUGGCAGGCCCAAGACGGGGUCUCGCGGCGGGGGGGCGGCGCCGCCCGGGUGGAUAUCGUCGCGGAAGGCGGGAGCAUGGGAGGACGUGGAUCCGAUACGGUUUCUGCAGCACGAGGCGCAGGGGCGGGAGUUCGAGGAGUUCGAGACCUUUGAUGAUGCGCUCGAUGAAUACUUUUCCAAGGUUGAGGAAGUGCGCGAGGAGCAGCGGCGCGCGCAGGCGGAGGCGGCGGUGCUGAGCCGGCUCGAGAAGAUCAAGGCCGACCAGGCCGCGCGGGCGCGGGCGCUCGAGGCCGAGGCUGCCAUGGCGGAAAAGAGAGCAGUGCUGGUCGAGGCGAAUCUGGAAAAGGUGGACGCGGCGAUCAAUGCGGUGAACGAGGCGCUGGCGGCGGGGAUGGACUGGCGGGACCUGGAGCGGAUGGUCGAGGACGAGCGAAAGGCCGGGAAUCCGGUGGCAGCGUUGAUAUCGAAACUCGACUUGGACCGCAACAGGAUCACGCUUCUUCUGCCGGACUGGGACGAGGUGGACGAGGAGGGCGUGGCGCCUGCGGGGCCGCCCGUGGACGUCGACCUGUCGGUCGGCGCGUUUGCGAACGUCGCGCUGCAGCACGGCAACAGGAAGCUGCGUGAAGAAAAGGCGGCGAAGACGAUGCAGGCGAACGAACGCGCGCUCGAAGUGGCGGAGAAGAAGGCGAGGGAGCAGCUGUCGCAGGUGCGGGAGAAGGCGACGAUCAAGACGGCGCGGAAGCCCUUUUGGUUUGAGAAGUUCAGUUGGUUCAUCACGUCUGAAAACUUCCUGGUUCUGUCGGGGCGCGACGCGCAGCAGAACGAGCUCCUCGUGAAGCGCUACAUGGGCCCGGGGGACGUCUACGUGCACGCAGAGCUGCACGGCGCGUCCUCGACCAUCGUCAAGAACCCAGAUCCCAGCCAGCCUAUUCCUCCCCUGACGCUGGCACAGGCCGGCUGCCAGUGCGUGUGCCGCUCCGCCGCGUGGGACAGCAAGGUCGUGACGUCCGCGUGGUGGGUCUACCCGCACCAGGUCUCGAAGACGGCGCCGACGGGGGAGUACCUCACGACCGGUUCGUUCAUCAUUCGAGGAAAGAAGAACUUCCUUCCGCCCUUCCCGCUCGUCUUGGGGUUCGGCUUCCUGUUCCGCCUCGACGACAGCAGCGUCGCGGCGCACCUCGGCGAACGCGCCCCCAAGACCCUCGACGCCCUCCGCGGCGAGGACGCCGCCGCCAUGGGCGCCAGCCUCGCGCCCGCCGGCAAGGUGGCCCGCGCCGACCCCGCGACCCGAACGACCGCCACAGACGGGGCCCCGCAGGGCGCCGACGCCGACGCGGGCGGCGCCAGCGACGCCGAAGACGUCGACCAGAUGAUCGCGGGCGCCGCGGACGACCUGUCGGCCCUUGACGCGCUGCUGGAGGAGUCCCCGGGGGGGGGUGAGAGGAGGGGGGAGUCCCGGGCGGCGCGGCCGGCCGACCCGCUCGCGGCGGCGAUGCUGGAUGGGCGGUACGGUCUGGACGAGAUCGGGGAGGAGGAGUUGCCGCCGGAGGUUGAGGAGGCGAUGAGGGCGAGGGAGGGCGCGGGGGGGUCGGGUGCGGCAGGGGCGCAGGGGCCUGGCGCCGCGGCGGGCGCGGGCGGAGGUGGGGAUUCGGAGCUCAAGGCUGCGCUGGACGCCGAGCGGGCGCGGCGGAAGAAGAAGGAGGACGCGAAGCAGAAGGAGAGCAACAAGCGCAGCCAGAAAGGGAAAUCCAAGAAGUCGGCGAAAUGGGCCGACCAGGACGAGGAGGAGAGGAACCUCGCCAUGGCCCUCCUGCGGUCGCAGGGCGAGAAGAAGGACCGCAAGCAGCGCAAGGAGGAGCGCAAGCAGCGCAUGACCGAGCGCGCCCUCGCCAAGGAGCGCGCGGAGGGCCGCGCCCUCCCGGAAACGAAGCCGGAGAUGGUUCUGGAGGCUGCACGCGCGGCGGGGCUCCGGGACGGCACGGAGGCGCGGCGGCACGGCGCACGGGCGGCCGGGACGGGCGACGGCGAUGCCACGGCGCAGGCGGAGGAGGGCGGGAGCCGCGCGGGGGCGUCGGAGGCCCGGGAGGCGGCGGCGAUGCGCGAGGUGCUGGAGAACGAGGGGGAGGAGGUCCUGCAUGACGCGGAGCGGGAGCGCCUGACUCAGUUGGACCUGCUGACGGGCGUGCCGCGCGAGGCGGACGUGCUGCUGCACGCGAUCCCGGUGUGCGCGCCGUACUCGGCGCUGCAGGGCUACAAAUACCGUUUGAAGGUUACGCCGGGAACGCAGAAGAAGGGCAAGGCUGGGCGGCAGGCGGUGGAGUUCCUGACCAAGGGCGUGGACGGCGUGACGGCGCGCGAGAGGGAGCUGAUCAAGGCGGUCACGGACGCGGAGCUUGUCGCGACGAUGGUCGGAAACGCCAAGCUGAGCAUGCCUGGGAUGGCGAAGCUGCAGACCGCCGCGAAACGUGCGAAGAAGAAGGCGGCGGGGAAGGGGCGCGGGCCGGACCCCGCGGACGCGUGA